AGAAGCUUGUUUAGUUUAUUUCUUUAUUUCUCCGCUAAAAUGUGCCUCUGGAUUUAAUGGAUGGGAGACUCCAAUUUGUUUUUUUUAAGUUUUAGAACUUUUUGUGACUGAUCCAGUAUGGACAAAUAACCAACUUGGAAUAAUAGGGAUGAAGAUGAAGAGGGUUGAUCAAAUGCUAUCUGAAUUCAGGCUGAAGAAGGACGAGCUGAAAGAGAUCAUGAAGAGGAUGCAGCGUGAGAUGGACCGAGGCUUGCGUUUAGAGACGCACGAGGAGGCCAGUGUCAAAAUGCUGCCCACUUACGUUUGCUCCACCCCCGAAGGAUCAGAGGUAGGCGACUUCCUGGCUCUGGACCUGGGGGGCACCAACUUCCGAGUGAUGCUGGUCAAGGUGGGAGCGGAUGAGGAGAGGAGCUGGAAGGUGGAGACCAAGAACCAGAUGUACUCCAUUCCUGAAGACGCCAUGACGGGAACGGCUGAGAUGUUGUUUGACUACAUCGCAGAGUGCAUGUCCAAUUUUUUGGACCAUCACAACAUCAAGCACAAGAAGCUUCCCCUUGGUUUCACGUUCUCCUUCCCAGUGCGUCAUGAGGACAUCGACAAGGGAAUCCUUCUCAACUGGACCAAAGGUUUCAAGGCUUCUGGGGCUGAGGGGAACAAUGUCGUGGGUUUGCUCAGAGAUGCUAUCAAGAGGCGAGGGGACAUUGAGAUGGACGUUGUCGCCUUGGUGAAUGACACAGUGGCCACCAUGAUUUCAUGCUACUACGAGGACCGCAGCUGUGAAGUGGGGAUGAUUGUCGGUACCGGUUGUAACGCCUGUUACAUGGAAGAGAUGUGGACGGUGGAGCUGGUGGAAGGCGAGGAGGGCCGCAUGUGCGUUAACACGGAGUGGGGGGCUUUCGGCAAUAACGGCGAGCUGGAGGAGUUCAGGCUGGAGUACGACAGACUGGUGGACGAGACCUCCAUCAACCCUGGACAGCAGCUCUUUGAGAAGCUGAUCAGUGGCAAGUACAUGGGCGAGCUGGUGAGGCUGGUCAUGAUGAAGCUGGUCAAUGAGAAUCUGCUGUUCAGUGGGGAGAUCUCGGAAAUGCUAAAAACGCGUGGCAGCUUCGAGACGCGACAUGUCUCGCAGGUGGAAAGUGACUCGGGGGACAGGAAGCAAAUCUACAAUAUUCUGUCGUCGCUGGGCGUGCUACCGUCCGAGCUGGACUGCGACAUUGUGGGUCUGGUCUGCGAGAGUGUCUCCACUCGUUCGGCUCACAUGUGUGGCGCCGGCCUCGCCGGCGUCAUCAACCUGAUGAAGGAGCGACGUGGCCUGGAGGCCCUCAAAAUCACCGUGGGGGUGGACGGCUCCGUUUACAAGCUGCACCCGUGUUUCCGUGACAGGUUCCACAAAGUAGUCAGAGAGCUGACACCACAUUGCGAGAUCACAUUCAUCCAAUCAGAAGAGGGAAGCGGCCGUGGCGCGGCUCUUAUCUCAGCAGUGGCCUGCAAGAUGGCGGCCUGCAUGCUGACGCAGUGAAAGGUGAACCUGGCAGGACCAUUGAAGUUUGACUGUUGACUACUGUACAUGAAAUCUUCUCAAAAGACGUACGCUGCACAGAUAUUUGUCUGUUGAGAGCACUGGAAGAGGGCAACAAGGAGGUACAUUGGAUUUCUGUCAUGGUGAAAUAUCAACUGAUUUAAAAAAAAACUCAGUUGAAGUUUACUGUCAAACUAAACAUAAAACAAAGAGAAUUACACCUGCAUUUUAAACAACCUCACAGCUUUGCUUUAGAUAAAUCUGUUUAGCUUAAUGCUGGCAAACAAUGCAAAAUCCUAUUGACGGGCUAGCGAAUAGGAUCUGUGUCACGGUGUUAUCAUCCUUUAAGCAACACAUGUCGACAUGAUAUAAAAAUUCUCACAGGCAUACAUUCUUCAUCCUCUGCGAAGAAUGCCUAAUAUUACUACAACUUACUGAGGAGCUGUAACAUCUGUAUGUCUGUAUUACACUGCCCCCAAGUGGCCACGGAGUAUACACCAGCUGGAGCACAACUUCCAUUAAAUGUUAUUUGUUUAAUUAUUUAGAUAUUGUUUAAUUAUGUCAUUACUGUAUGUUUUUGUGAAGUACAACAUUACAGAGUGCUAUUUUCUUACUGAAAAACACAAAGGUGUUGUUUAUUCGGGAGGCUUUUUUUGCAACCAUCGGUAUUAGAGAGGCAUCUAAAUGAAUUUUCCACUUCUGCAGCUGGUAUUGGUGAGGGUUUAUCUAUUGUAUAUUGGAUUCUAUUUUGUACAUAUGUUGUCAAACUAUAUGACAGAAUCAAAUGUGUUGCUUUAUUAUGCUGUAAUCGUAUUCAUUUUUGUGGUUUAUGUCAUCUGUCUGUUUGGCCUUCAACAUCGUAAUACAAAAUAAUUCUGUAUAAUGUUUUUGACAAUUGCUGUCUACGGAGUAUUGGGAAAUGUAUAUAGGCAUAUAGGCAUAUAGGCAAUACAGGUGCAUCUCAAUGAGUAUUGUGGAAAAUGUAUUUAUUUCAGUACUGUAGUUCAAUUCAAAAAGUGAAAUUCAUGUAUUGUAUAGAUUGAUUAAACACAGAGUGCAAUGUA